GCGCCCGUGGCACUUGGGUGUGUGUGUGUGAGCAUUGUUGAUGAUUUUGGGAUUUUGUCCGGUGACUGGUUGCAUCUCUUUUCUAUUCAAUUCCCGUAGUUUUCAGUGAUAUCUUGCAAAAAUGUCCUCACGCUACGAUCGUGCUGUGACUGUGUUCUCGCCCGAUGGUCACCUGCUGCAGGUGGAGUACGCCCAGGAGGCGGUGCGGAAGGGAUCAACAGCAGUGGGCGUCCGUGGGAAGGAUGUGGUGGUGCUGGGCGUGGAGAAGAAGUCCGUGGCCAAGCUGCAGGAGGAGAGAACAGUGAGAAAGAUCUGCCUGCUGGACAGUCAUGUUGUGAUGGCUUUCGCCGGACUCACGGCGGACGCUCGCAUUCUGAUCAAUCGCGCCCAAGUGGAGUGCCAGAGCCACAAACUCAAUGUGGAGGACCCGGUGACGCUGGAGUACAUCACGAGGUACAUCGCGAGUCUGAAACAGAAGUACACGCAGAGCAACGGCCGUCGUCCUUUUGGCAUCUCCUGCCUGAUCGGGGGCUUCGAUUACGAUGGCGUGCCGCACCUGUACCAGACAGAGCCAUCAGGGAUCUACUACGAAUGGAAGGCCAACGCCACGGGCAGGUCUGCAAAGACUGUCCGGGAGUUCCUGGAGAAGUACUACAAAGACGAAGAGGUGGAAACCGAGGCGGGAGCUGUGAAGCUCGCCAUCAAGGCUCUCCUCGAGGUGGUGCAGUCCGGCCAGAAGACUCUCGAAGUGGCGGUGAUGCGCCGGAAUGAACCCCUGCAGAUGCUGGACGUGGAGACGAUCGAGAAGUAUGUGAACAUCAUUGAGAAGGAGAAGGAAGAGGAGGCGGAAAAGAAGAAGCAGAAGAAGUAGAUCGGGAAGCAGCAUCUCUUUUCAAUUGAACUACAAUAAUUUGAAGGAUUUCAUUUAUAAUAAAUA